CAACACGUUUGAUGCAUUAAUCAAUGAUCUGCCUUUACUUGGAGUAUGAAAUGUGCGGACUCCAGACCUUUGAGGCAGUAGUCAACAAGGGCUCCAGGAAGGACGUUACGGCCUCAAGAUGAUUGCUCUCUUUCUCCUCUCCGUGGUGACCUGUGGCUGUGUAGGCCAGACUCUCAUUGACCCAAUUCCUCGUCCUUGUCGCAGUUUGGGCAGCCCCGUGAGCUGGCAAGCGAGGCCCUCAGACAAGCACAACGAGUAUCCUUCAGGCGGGCUGCUGAUGGCCCUGGCUUCGAUCCCCAGUGGUGUGGAGGGAGUGUUCGAGUUCUACUUGUGCCCGGAGGAGGUCAACUCGCAGGAGGAAGAGUGUCUGGAGAGGCUGCCCCUACAACUGGCUGACGGCUCCGGCACAACCUUCAACCUGUCGACGGUGACGCGCGCUGACAAGUACGAGAUUCCCAUAGUCCUCCCUGACGACACGACGUGUGAGCUGUGUACACUGCAGUGGCACUUGGUGAUGAAGGAGUGUGAGGAUGAGGACUGCACCAUAGUUGACCGCGUCUUCUGUUCCGACGUCACCAUCCGUGAGGCCAAAGACUCGGAGAAAAGGGUCUUCGGUCUUCUCUUCAACAUAAUUGGUGGCAUGUUUAGAAAGAUGACAGACCAGUGAUAACUACUGAACUACGCUCCCUGCCAAACAAGGCUGCCUGCCCGACGAGGCUCCCUGCCCGACGAGGCUCCCUGCCCGACGAGGCUCCCUGCCCGACGAGGCUCCCUGCCAAACAAGGCUGCCUGCCCGACGAGGCUCCCUGCCCGGAAAACGAACAAAACUACAUACAUGAAUUAUAACAUAUCUUGCGGGAUCAUGAGGCACUUGUAACAGUUGGCCAUGGAAGCAUUCGUGUUGAAAUUAAUUUAUUUAACAUAGAACUUUAGAUGAAAUAUACAACAUAU